UUCUCUUUUAUACUAUGUGUGUGGAUUAAUUUGUGGGCAUUACAAAUGUGUGCAUCACGUUGUUUCUUUUCGUUAAUGACGGGCGCUAUAAAUAUUGAUGCUGCCUAACAAGUAAUAAAGCAUAGAAAAAAAAAAUGGCAGCUGUUUUUUACAUUCUCUCCUUUCUCCUCAUCCUCUCAUUGUCCGGCGUCGUUGUUUCCGAGUCAUGCGAUUAUUCGAUAUAUAUAAAGACCGGAUCGAGAGAUAAUGCAGGAACGGACGCCAAGAUAAGUCUUAAAUUCUCAAAUAGGGAGGAUCUUACUAUAAAUAUUCGAAACCUAGAGGAGUAUGGUGCAAUGGGGGCCGGCUAUAACUAUUUUGAACAAGGUCAAUUGGACAUAUUCACUUAUUCAGGACCAUGCUCUGCCAUUCAAGUCUGUUAUAUGGAGUUGAGUCAUGAUAAUAGUGGUAAUAAGCCUGGCUGGUAUGUUAACUACGUUGAAAUCACGUCGUCCGGCGAUCCACUAGUAUCAUCAACGACGCACUUCGACGUCGAACAAUGGCUUGCUCUUGAUGAGACACCACAUCAGCUAUCUACUAGCAGGGAUUUGUGUGCUAAUACUUAUGUUUAUGGUGUUUAGUUCUUUCUUUAUUUUAAUAAUCUUCGUAUCUUGAUGCUCUACUUUGCUUCCAAUUAUAUGCUAGAAUAAAUAAGAUUUUCUAUUCAAGUUGA